AGAAAGGGACAGUCCCUGGAGGGUAGACACCCAAGCCAAUAGGCAAGAUAUUUUCCUGAGCUAUGAAGCAUCCUGCAAUCCUUGUGCUGUUUUGUCUGCCAGUCUGCUCUGCUUAUCCACUGAAUGGAGGAGUGAGGGAGAAGGACCCGAGCACGGAUCUUGUCCAGCAAUACCUAGAGAACUACUACGACCUCGCAAAGGAUGUGAAACAGUUCGUCAGAAGAAGGGACAGCGGACCUGUCGUUAAAAAAAUCCGAGAAAUGCAGAAGUUCCUCGGGUUGGAGGUGACGGGGAAGCUGGACCCUGACACUCUGGCGAUGAUACGCAAGCCCCGGUGCGGCGUUCCCGACAUGGGCCAGUUCACCACCUUCCCUGGCCUGCCGAAGUGGAGGAAAACGCACCUCACCUACAGGAUUGUGAAUUAUACACUGGAUUUGCCGAGAGAGGCUGUUGACUCUGCCUUUGAGAAGGCUCUGAAAGCCUGGGAGGAGGUGACCCCACUUACUUUCUCCAAGAUUUACGAAGGAGAGGCUGACAUAAUGAUCUUUUUUGCAGUUAGAGAACAUGGAGACUUUAUCCCUUUCGAUGGAGCAGGAAACGUUUUGGCUCAUGCCUAUCCACCUGGCCCUGGUUUAGAUGGAGAUGUUCACUUUGAUGAUGACGAGCUGUGGAGGGAGGAUAAAUCAGGCACCAACUUAUUCCUCGUUGCUGCUCAUGAGUUCGGCCAUUCCCUGGGUCUCUAUCACUCGGCCGACCCCACAGCUUUGAUGUAUCCCGUCUACAACCCACGCACAGACCUGACCCGCUUCCGCCUUGCCCAAGAUGAUGUGAACGGCAUCCAGUCCCUGUAUGGACCUCCCCCUACGUCAUCCCCUGAUGGCCCCGCGGGGCCCACGGAAUCUGUGCCUCCAGGACCUGGGACACCAGCCACGUGCGAUCCUGCUUUGUCCUUCGAUGCCAUCAGCUCUCUGAGGGGAGAAAUCCUGUUCUUUAAAGACAGAUAUUUUUGGCGUAGAUCUCGCUGGAACCUUGAACCUGAAUUUCAUUUGAUUUCUACAUUUUGGCCCUCUCUCCCAUCAGGCUUGGAUGCUGCCUAUGAAGUUAAUAACAAGGAUACCGUCUUUGUGUUUAAAGGAAAUCACUUCUGGGCCAUCAGAGGAACUGAGGUACAAGCAGGUUAUCCAAAAGACAUCCACACCCUGGGUUUUCCUCCAGCCUUGGGAAAAAUAGAUGCCGCUGUCUCUGAUGAGGAAAAGAAGAAAACGUACUUCUUUGUAGAGGACAAAUACUGGCGAUUUGAUGAAAAUAGCCAGUCCAUGGAGCGAGGCUUCCCCAGACAAAUAGCUGACGACUUUCCAGGAGUUGGGCCGAAGGUUGAUGCUGUAUUUCAGGAAUUUGGAUUUUUCUAUUUCUUCAGAGGACCGUUACAGUUUGAGUUUGACCCGAAUGCCAGGAUGGUGACACGUGUAUUGAAGAGUAACAACUGGUUAUAUUGUUAAGUGAGAAGUGAAAGAGAUAGAUUCAUUUUAAAUGAAUCUAAUAAUUAUUCACCUAUUUUAUUUUAAGUCAGAGGGAUGAAUUUUUCCUGUGUGUGCAGUGGCCAAAGAAGAGGAGACUUGCAGGCACUUUCACGUGUCAUGGAGCAUUUAUCUGGGCCACUUCACUUGCUGUUGGAUUACAUUGACUAGAAGUUGGAUACAUCCAUGUGCACUAGUCAGAGAAUGUAUUUCCGUGGGUGUUUUAUUUGCUACUUAAUAAAGAUUUUUAUUUUUGACCUGUU